CCUGGGCUCAUUAGUAGCCCGGGGUGCAGGGCUCAUCAAUAAUGAAUUCACCCUGCACACUGCCCCCCCACCCCCUGCCCCUGGCUGCCUGCAAAGUCACCCCGCCCUCCAGCCAGCUGCCUCACCUUGGUAAGUUAUGCAACCCCUCUUCUGAGAUCUCCCUAACUCAGAGUCCCUGGGGGCAGUGUGGGAGGGUUGACAAGGCGGAGGGCAAAGGGGUCUCUAUCACCAAUCAACCACACCUACUGUUGAUUCUUGUUUGUUCUGAGUCCACCAAGGAGGGGAAAUGGGAAGAGGCAAAAAAGUUGGUGGGGGGGCAGUGCAGGAGGUAGGAUGGAUAACAGGGCCUGGGGAGAAGCAGGCUCUGUGAUACUAGGGUUGAACAACACAGUAGCAGGGUGGAGCUGGAGUAAGAGGACCUCCUCUGACUGGCUAGGAGGACCCCCUACAUUCUCUCCCAAGGCCAGAUUUGGGCAGCAAGGUCACAGUCCCCUGAGAUCUCUGGGCCUCUGUAUCAGAACGAGACCAAGGCAUUGAAACCCCCAGCAUUCUCUUGCCAUUGACCUGGGACAUCUUCAAACCAGAUCAGUGGGGUAAAGGCAAGAGACUGCUGAAGUCCAGAAUCAGGAACUUGAACUUCUGGUACCUUAAUUAGUCAUCUAGUCCCACUUCCCUGCUGAACCCAGGAAUGCCAGGCCUCAAUCCCCCUUCCCCAAAUGUUCCAAGACUCCAGUCCUGCCACCCUUCCACCAACCUCUUCCUCCCUGCCUCCACCCUCCUUAAAUCCCAAGCGUUCUAGUUCCCAGUCACACCUUCUUUCCCUCUGGCUGGGACUGGCCUGAAGCUGGCUGCAUGGCAUUCUGGGAAGUCCUCCUGCCGCCCUCCCUCUUGGGGCAGGUAUAGACAGGUCCAGGCUGUAGCAGCUGCAUCUUCCCCAGACACUUCACAGACUCCCAGACUCCAGCCUCAUGCUGGGGUCCCAGUUGCUCAUCUCUAAUCAAGUCCCCCUGUUAGUCCUUAAAAUACAUCCAAUGUCCUGCACAGCCCCCUGACACUCUCCGCAGCCCAUACAUUCUGUCGUAUUCCCCAUCUUCCCCUCCACCUCACCAAACACCCCCACUAGUCCUCUUCAAUCCAAGGUCACCUUAAUGGGGAAGGCCCCGGGUUUGGGCCCUGAUGCCUGAUGGAUGCUCCUAUCCCCACCCCAGUUCAGGUCAUUUGUAUAGAAUUGAGCCUCAGUUCUGGAUUUUGUAUCAUCUUCUGGUUGCCCUAAUGAUCACAGUUGCAAGCUUCUUUUUCCACCUCAUUGAUUGCAAUCUCUUCACUCAGACCUUCCCUAAGGACCUAGGCAUUUGAACCCCAGCCAGAGAUCAACCUGGGAUCCAUCUUCAGCCCCACAUUUACCUCUGAAACCCAGCGCCCAAACAUCUUGCUCCAAAGUCGGAGAAACAAAGGACCUUAACAUUCUCUGCACUCCUCCACACGGACCCUGCCCAGCCUAUCACUCUGAAGAGGACCCAGGUGUCCCACCCAACCCAGGACCCAUCCCUCCCCAGAGUACUUAGGCAUCCCUCACCCCAUAUCAGCUCAUGACCAGACUUCCUGCCCUCAGACUCAGCCCUUCCCGGGAACCCAGGCAUCUUAGUUCCCAGCUUCCUCCAUCACUUCACACCGCCUUGUAGAUGUGUUCCCCCAGCCCUGGCUGCAGUGACACCGUAAAUCCAGGAGACCCAGGGCAGCAAGUGGGAGAGAAAGCGGGAGGGGCAAGGAGCCGCCAAGACGUCCCCUCAUUGAGCCCAGGGUGCCCGGGUUCCCCCCUCCUCCCGUCUUCACCUGCUGCGGGCUCCGCCCCCGCUCCGCCUGGGCCGGCCUCUGCUCCUCCCCCGACUCCUCCCCCCGCACCCCCAGCCCGGCCAGAACGGCCCCCGGGACAGAGCGACGCGGAACCCCGGGCGCCUGGGUCCCCAGCAUGAUCCUCGGCAGCCUGAGCCGGGCAGGGCCCCUCCCUCUGCUUCGGCAGCCCCCCAUCAUGCAGCCCCCACUGGACCUCAAGCAGAUCCUGCCCUUCCCACUGGAGCCGGCCCCCACCCUGGGCCUCUUCAGCAACUACAACACUAUGGACCCUGUGCAGAAGGCUGUACUCUCCCACACUUUCGGGGGACCCUUGCUCAAGACCAAGCGGCCCAUCAUUUCCUGUAAUGUCUGUCAGAUCCGCUUCAAUUCUCAGAGCCAGGCUGAGGCACACUACAAGGGUAAUCGCCACGCCCGAAGAGUCAAAGGCAUCGAGGCUGCCAAGACCCGAGGCAGGGAGCCUGGCGUCCGGGAACCUGGAGACCCAGCUCCCCCAGGCAGCACCCCCCAAAAUGGGGAUGGUGUGGCCCCCCGUCCAGUUUCCAUGGAGAAUGGACUGGGUCCAGCUCCAGGAUCCCCAGAGAAACAGCCUGGCUCCCCAUCCCCUCCCAGCAUUCCGGAGACUGGUCAGGGUACAACCAAGGUUGAAGGGGGAACUCCAGCCCCAGCUUCCCUGCCUGGGGGCAGCAAGGAAGAGGAGGAAAAGGCCAAGCGGCUGCUCUACUGUGCUCUGUGCAAGGUGGCAGUGAACUCCCUGUCCCAGCUUGAGGCUCAUAACAAAGGUACUAAGCACAAGACAAUUCUGGAGGCCCGAAGUGGGCUGGGCCCCAUCAAAGCUUACCCUCGUCUGGGGCCUCCCACUCCUGGGGAACCAGAGGCCCCUGCCCAGGACCGAACCUUCCACUGUGAGAUCUGCAAUGUCAAGGUCAACUCGGAGGUCCAACUGAAACAGCACAUUUCCAGCCGGCGGCACCGAGACGGCGUGGCCGGGAAGCCCAACCCGCUACUGAGCCGUCACAAGAAGCCUAGGGGCUCCGGGGAGCUAGCGGGCACGCUGACUUUCUCCAAGGAGCUGCCCAAGUCCCUGGCCGGUGGCCUGCUCCCCAGCCCCCUGGCGGUGGCUGCGGUGAUGGCAGCGGCAGCAGGCUCCCCGCUGUCCCUGCGCCCGGCCCCAGCCGCACCUCUUCUCCAGGGACCGCCCAUCACCCACCCUUUGCUCCACCCGGCCCCCGGGCCCAUCCGAACUGCGCACGGACCCAUCCUUUUCUCCCCCUACUGACCUGAACCCCAAACCCCCUCCCAUUCAACCCCCCCCUCCACCUCCAGCCGGGACCCAGGCCUCCAGGCUCCAAGCCUGCCCCUACUCCCGGCACUCCCUGAAUGAUCUCUCUCCUUCCCCCCCACCCCGAGGUACGGGGUUCCAGGAAAGGGGAGGGGUAGCGGGGGAGGGGGGCUUCAGAAGGGGGGGAACACCCCAGAUCUCAGGGAACCCCGCCCCCUGCCCUUCCCUCUCCCCUAGAAAAGGGGGGGCCGUCUCACCCCCGAGCCCCCUUGGAGACACCCCCCCUCCCAAAAGCCAUGUCCAUUCAGCCCUUCCCCCCCAAACCUAGCACAAAACGGGGUUCACAAGCCAUGGUCGGAGUCCGGGGGGCAGAAAUGGAUUUUCUUGGCAAUAAGCGGACUCUGGGACUCCGGCCCCCUGUCUCCAAACUGAAGCGCUUCCGUGAACACCCCCGUCCUCCGCAGGGGGAGGGGAGCAGGCGGGAUCCUGGGUCCCUCAAAAGCACUUUGGUUUUACCGCCUGCAACCUCACUGUGCCCGCCCCGCACCAUGCCCCAGCCCCAGGUCUAGCUGGGCCCAUCGCAGGGGGCAGCACUUGGGGGCAUCUCUGGCACUUGGGUGGGACCAAGUAGAUGCCCCUACAGACCCUUCCCUCACUUUCUUCCUCCCCAGUCUGGAUUCCAUUCUUUUCACCAGCACCCAUCGCCCAAGGGGUACCGAGGGGGGCAAGGGGUGUCCAGUUCAAGCCCACCCCCGCCUCGCCUUCCGCAAAACUGUGAGCAAAAAGCAAUAGAAGCCUCGCCCCCGCCCCUCCCCUUUCCGCAGGAUUCGCUGAGUCUGUAGCCUCCCCCGUCCCAGCUCCUAGACCUCAUGGCUGUCCCUCCCACCAAACACCUCGACUGCACAACUCGGGCGGGGGCGUGACCUCCCUCCCUCCUCUGUGGUUUCCGUAUCGUCAGCCCUUACAGCAGCCGACCGGGAGGGGGACGGGCCCCCACUGGCCUUCCCGUCCCCAUCAACUCUCAAUGCUUGACGAUGUAGCAACCCCGGCCCCCCACCCACGUCUUCCCUUUUCCCUCUCCCUGACAAUAAAGUCUGGAUUCGUUGCCCUCUGUC